GCACUAGCGUUUAGUGGUCAAAUCUUAGACUGAGAAAAAGUAAACAAAAUAAAUAGUAUUAUAAUAUAUUAUUUUUAAAUAGUGUGUGGUGUUUAUAUGUGUUUGUUAUAAUAAGUGUCAGUGAUGGUCACAUGGCUCCUGUUAAUAGUGCUGGCGGUUUCCGCCGCCGGCCUACAACUCAAUGACGAGGAGUACUUCUCUUUGCCGCGGCUGUACGCGCUGGACGACUGGGAGGCGUGCGCGGCGCGGCGCGGCACCUACUGCCUCGGCGCCUUCGAGCUGCGCGCGCACAAUAACCCGCAACUCUUGCAUGUCGCACGGCACUUUUCCGACGGCCCAUACCAAUACAACCACACGCUGAUCCACCGAGGACUAUGUCUGUCCACCUCCUGCAAGCACAUGCCCCCCACAACUCCUGGAGAGACGUUCAGCCGCUGCGUGAACAACUUGACGAUCGCCCAGUAUGGCCUCGGCACCAACCUGACGACCUUCAACUACUGCAGCAGACCAGGCAGCGAAGGGAAGCCGGUGGAUACCUGGGACAUGGCUUUCUUGUACAUCACGGGUCUGAUACUGCUGAUGAACGUGGUGGGGACAGCUUAUCAUGUCUUCAGAGUCAAGGACACAGAGAACGAGACAGAGAAACCUUACAAGCAAUUAAUGGCCUGGUCCGUCGUGGCGAGCUGGCAGCGCUUGACGGCAGAUUAUGGAGACAGCGACCCAAGGCUGAGCGCGCUUCAACCAGUGCAUGGGGUCAAAGCCUUGACGUUGAUACUAGUGAUCCUGGCUCACUCAGUUGUGGCCUACCACGGCGCGUAUCUUUUCAACCCUCAAUACUUCGAAAAGGUGGGUCCCCAUGCCCCAGCUGCCUUCAUGCAGAACGGUACCUCCAUCGUGCAGACCUUCAUGCUCAUCUCCAGCUUCCUGCUGGCCUACAACCUGCUGCUGCAGUCAGACAACCCGAAGAAACAGCUCAGCAUCACCAUGCUGCCACGCUGUCUUAUGCAUAGGAUCGCUAGGAUCUCCCCUCUGUACCUGUUCGUGCUGGGCGCGGCGACGUCGUGGUGGGCGCAGGGCGGCGCGGGCCCGCUGUGGCCGCCGCUCGUGCUGGCCGAGGUGGCGCGCUGCCGCCACAAGUGGUGGACGCAGGCGCUCUUCCUCGACAACUUCCUGCAGACACAUGACAAGUGUCUCAUUCAUACCUGGUUCCUCACAGUGGACAUGCAACUGUACGUGGUGUCAGCGAUCCUGACGCUAGUGCUGGGCAGAUGGCCGCGCGCCGCGCUGAGGGUCCUGCUGGCACUGACGCUCUGCGCCGUGGCCGCCAACUUCGCCAUCAUAUACCACUGGCAGCUGCAGCCCAUGGUGCUGCUCAUGACUCCUGAGAACAUGCGGACCCUGUUCGUGGGCUCGCGCUCGUUCAUCUGGCUGUACACGGCGCCGUGGGACAGCGCGCCCGCCGCGCUGCUGGGCGUCGCGUUAGCCUUCCUCCUCCGCAGCCAGCACAGCGACGGCUACCGGCCGCAGAAUAGCCUGUGCAUCCGCGUGCUGUACCGCGUGUCGGUGCCGGGUCUGUUCGCGUGGGUGCUGGCGGGGCACGGCAUGAAGGCCGUGGCGCACCCGCUGGCGGUGAGCGCGUUCGCGGCGAUCGACCGCCCCGUGUUCUCCUGUCUCAUCGCUUGCGCCUUGUACGGCUUCUUCAACAAGAUUGACAGACUCUGGUGGAAGUUCCUGUCGUGGCGCGGCUGGGCGGUGCUGAGCCGCAUGUCGCUGUCCAUCUACCUGAUCCACUGGCUGUUCACCCUGACGCUGCUGGCUCAGCGCACCAACACCACCAGGGCUUCCGCCUUCGAUAUUGGUGGACACUGGCUCAGCACAGUUUUCCUGUCGUACUGUGCAGCGUUGCCCCUGCACUUGCUCAUAGAAGUACCAGCGAUGAAGUUCCUCCAGUCUAUUAGUCCAUAA